AGUUCGGUUCAAAUUUAUGUUUGACUUCUGACCCGCUUAGUUAAUCUUGAGCGCAAAGCCUUCUAAGCUGACUAGAAUCACACCCGGCGCGAAGAUAGGAGCAAGGAAGACCAACAACCGGCGGACAACACCACGUAGCAUCUCAAAGUUCACAAUCAUAGUAUACUACCCUAAAGCCAAAGUGACCUACGAUCGUCCCGCCUUGCUUCCUGAAUUCCUAAGUCCCCUAAUAAGCUUGUCACAAGUCGUCGAGUUGACCCAGGCUCAAUACAACCCUAGCUGCAUCUUCCAUUUGCUGCUGGCUUCGGCCCACCAGUCGGCACAAGCCUAGUCCACAACAAUAUCCCCACCAAACCCAACGAAGAAAACGAGAAGGAUCUAAUCUUCAACCUUUCCGGUCUUCCUGGCCUUUUGACCGCCAUCUUCUCACUAAAAGCCGACCUUUUUUGCUUCCUCUCGCUUUAGUAUAUCUAAGCCAGCUAGCCUGACAUAAUUCACCUCAUCUCAAGUCUACGAUGGAAGCCUUGCGAGGGUCCUCGCCAUCAAAGAACUCCGCCGGCUGCGAGUCGCCCGAACAAUUGCUCGACUCCUUCAAAGCCGCGGCAUUAUCUGUGACGAAACUAUACAAGACCUCAGCCGCCGCGCAAGCCAAAGCCCGGACUGACGGCUAUCAAGAUUGUCUCGACGACCUCCUAGCCUUCCUUGAUAAAAGCCAUAUCGGCCUUGGCGAUGGAGAAGGAUGGCAAAUUCGGAAAUGGGCGACUGAGCGACUAGACGGAAGGGAUGCGACGCAAGAGAGCGAAGACGAAGUUGACAAAACCGAGCCUUCGUCAUCGCCAGAAAUUCAUCGCUCAGGCAGUCAAUCGCACCUAUCCGCAAUCCGAACCGAACCCCACGUCCAGCAUGAUCCUGCACCCCAGUCAGUUCACAUGCAGCCAUCCACCACCGGUAACGCCCCGACCGAGGAGCAGCAAAUGAUCACCGUCCCAUCUCAAGAGAACUUCACCUUUCGGUCAUCGCACCUGUACCCGCAAGAAUCAUACCCGAAUCUCGAAAACCUGGAUCUUUCCGACUCGACAAGAACGAGCGAUAGUUCUAACUCGAUUUCGUCGACUGUCCCGAUAGCCCACCCGGCUCGGUCGCGCGUUAACAGACGAGGACCGAGGACAAGACCUACAAAUCAACUCGGAAAGGGUGCCGGCCAGAAGCGCACCAUCAACUUCGCCGAAUUAUUUGAUGUCGGCGGGGUCGCUUUCGGCAAAGAUAUGUUCGGAAGGGACGGGAAGCGGAGUCGCCACACAUGACGAACACCCUCGAGGUUUUAUCGCGACCCUAAGCGGAUAGGCAUCGUGGGUCGACAGGUUCUCGGCUCUUCUUCGACGGUGUUUAUAUGGACGAGAUCCCCAUUAAUUACGACGCAUGAUGGAUUGAAGGGAGGAUUCAUAUUGGAACAGGGCAUUGCAUGGGAAGCACCGGCAAGCAUUUCGAGGCGUUGAGUACCUACUUUCGUACGGUUCAUUACUAUCCUGGAGGGUGAGAGGAGAGGGGCGUCCAGGAAUUCUUCAACUUGAUUUCCUAUAGACGAAGGCCAAUACCAAACCAACCAACUGUUCUAGUCACAUUUUCCACCGGAGGAACUCAGGUUUCUAAUAAUAUGCCGCGCUUGCAUCGCGCCGGGGACGUAGGAUAGAAGGACUGGGAUGAGUUGUCGUACAUAGAGUCAAUCACUUGUACAUUCGUCGAAUUUGACUUCACGGAAAACGAUGAGUAUGUGAUAUGCUAAAUAGCGCCAAUAAACAGCGUUGUUAACACUAAAAA